AUGGACUCAGCCGACAACUCGUCCACUCCGCCUCAGCAGCACUCAUACGCCGAGCAUCCUCGCAAGAAGCGCGUCAGGAACUGGACGGCGGAAGACCGAGCGAAGCAUCGAGUAUUGGAGAAAAGUCGAAGGGAGUCCUUCAACUCUCGCCUGGUGGAGCUUGCUCAUGUGAUUCCUGCACUUCAAGGCACCAAAGACAGUCAACUUUCGAAGCAUGUGAUCGUAGACGAGAGUGUGAAGUGGCAUGAGAGUCAGCAGACAACUAACGAGCGACUGACUGCAUCCAUCGAUAGUCUGAUGGCUGAGAGAGACCGUCUUCUGAACGAGCUGAACGCAUUCCGUCAGUGUGUUGGGUUAUUGCCACAUCAGCCAGGUGAGCCGGCACCUGAUCCAUCUCAGCAUCAGACACAGAUGCAACAUACUGCAUCACAGCCAGGCCUGGACACAGUGAGGGAAAACUUCGACGACCAUGACUGGAUUAACGUGCAUGGCGGCAUGGCUGGUCCGGCUCCCAACAAUGCACUCCAUCUGGAGGCUGCAGUAGCUGAGGGCGGUCAGCCACCACGAUCGGGGCUUGAGUCGCUUGACCCUAUGCCUUACUCCACGGAGCUCCCGGAUAUGUUUGACCCUGCGUCACUCACUGAGGUAGAACAUCCGAGCCAGACGCUAGAACACCUUCCCACGCAGGACGAGGUGUUGGAGUCUUGGCCACCUCUGAUACCAGACUCACACACCCAAAGUGGGCACGACUUUUCGAUCUGGAGCAUUCCCGUGAUCUAA